UGUAUGCCAUAACAUGGCAGAUGCAGAUACUGCAAGGAAAAGGUUGGAGGUGAUUCAAAAACAACUCUCCCAUUCAAGAUUACAUCUAAAAUCGCCAGAAAUUUUAGAAACGGCCGCAGUUGGGGGUGAUAUUGAUAGUCUGGUGGUGCCAAAUGAUGUAUUGACUAAAGAAGAAGUAGAUUUCUACAACAAGAAUGGCUACCUGGUUGUUCGAAAUCUUGUACCUCAAGAGCAACUUAAUAAGUAUCUCCAUCGUUUUAACCAAAUUUGUAACCGUGAAGUGCGCGUGCCUAGUAUGAUUGUGAUGAAAGAUGUUACAUUCGUCAAAUCGAGCUGCCAAUCUGAAGAGAGAACCAUCAAUAAAAUUCAGAAUUUUGAAGAGGACGAGGUUCUUUUUAGCUAUUGCGAGCUACCGCAGAUUUUGAAGUACGUGGCAUGUUUAACGGGACCUGACAUCAAAUCGGUGCACACUAUGCUAAUAAACAAACCGCCAGACCCUGGAACAAUGACUUCACGCCAUCCUCUCCAUCAAGAUCUGCAUUACUUUCCCUUCCGUCCAGCCAAUCGAAUGGUAUGUUCCUGGACAGCGAUGGAAAAGGUCCACAGGCGUAAUGGCUGCCUUGUGGUGCAACCGGGUACUCAGUAUGGCCCGCUUCUGCAGCACGACUACCCUGAGUGGGAGGGAGGAGUCAAUGUAAUGUAUCAUGGAAUAAAGGAUUAUAAUCCCAGCAUUCCAUUUGUACACCUAGAGAUGAAUGCAGGGGAUACAGUUUUCUUCCAUCCUCUUCUUAUCCAUGGCUCAGGUGCAAACCAAACUAAUGGAUUCAGAAAGGCUAUAUCAGGGCACUAUGCAAGCUCGCACUGCUAUUAUAUUGAUGUCAAGGGAACCAGUCAAGAGAAAAUUGCAGCUGAAACUUUAGAGGUUGUACACAAGAAGCUUGGUGCUGAUAUUGAUUUGUCUUUUGAGGACAUUUGGAGGGUAAAGAGUCGUCUGGUUCAAGGCAAUGAGGGAACCCUGUGACAUGCAUUGAACUCCAUUGGUGUUGCUGGGUCACACCACAUAGUUUGCACACUGUAAGACCCUUGGGCUAUUGCUUUGCACCACUUGCAUACAAUGCACUGUUAAAGGAAUUUUAAAUGAAUAUUCAUCAAGACAAAUCAAUCUAAUUGUCUUGUUUAGUGAAACCUUUGAACUGCUCAUGCAUUACUUCUGAAUCCAUUGUGUAUGUGGUGACCAUUAGGCCACUACAUAGAAAAAGGGAAAGAUAUGAAAAGUGCAAGAUAUAAUUACUAUGCAUGUUUGGUACCUAAAUCCCAGCAAACAGAGAAAUAACACAUAAAUUAAUGUAGACAUGAGAUGUGUGAAAGAGGUAAUCAUUUUAAUUACAUUGUUCACAUUACAUAUGUGUUAGAUCUAGGUUGUUCUUUGAUAAUUCUGGCACCUUCAUUAUGCACUUGCUGUUAAUGAUCUAUGCCAGUGAUAAUAUACUUCAUUCAAUACAACUUUUUAUCAUUUAUGAAAAAAAUAAUUGGUUUGAAAUCAAGUGGGCUUCUUCUUAUAAUGAAUAUAUAUAUAUCAGCCAUUGCACAGUGAAGGAAAUGUUGUUCAGGGGAACCAGACAGAAUCACUGUAGUGUCUUUUCUCAAGCUUAUAUAUAUAUAUAUCAGCCAUUGUACAGUGAAGGAAAUGUUGUUCAGGGGAACCAGACAGAAUCACUGUAGUGUCUUUUCUCAAGCUUACUUUUGAUGGAAAUGGCUUUAACUAACAAUGUCUGAAAAGAAUGUUGACGUACAGUCCAGCUUAAAGAUAAGGGGACACUGUAGACUCUUAUCAUAUGUUUGUCUGACAUCAUGUACGCCUUUGUAAAAAGAUAAAUCUAGGAACACAUUUAGACAAAGUGGAUGUGCCUUUGCAGGGCUUGACACUUACUUUUCAACUUUCUAGGCACGUGGCUAGUGACAAUUUUGUUUACUAGCCAAACUGGCCAGUGGAAAACCACUAGCCAAAACUGAAUUUCUAUUAGUCAGUGGCUAGUUGGCUACCAUUAGUGUCAAGCCCUGCUUUGCUCAAUCAUUGCGGCAAGCCAUACCUUUCCUUUGUGUGCUAUUGUGUUCCAAGUUUUGUUUCACUGUCUCUUACAGGCUGGUAUUGUAGUAAUCAAGUCUUAACCUUUCUAACCGUAAGAGUGACUAGCUUCUAAUUUCCCCCUUACAACGUCACCCUUGAAUCAAAUUAAAACAUCAUGAAGGUGAAGGAAAUGAUCACCAAUUUAACCCUUACCAACAUCAGUAUUAUAUACAUGUCCUCCAUACUCUUCUCUAUACAUUUCUCAAGGUAUUGACAAGAAGAAUAUGUUUAAAAAUCAAGAGCUCCUAUAUAUGGUGUUGGUUUUUUUUUUUCUCAUAACCUUAAUGUGUGAUUCAGGGGUGAUAUUGUUAGGAGAAAUUAGAUGCUAGUCACUCUUAGUGGUUAAAAAGCUCUUGAUUGUAUCUUUUAACAGGAAAUGUAAGGAAAACAGUGUGGAGAAUGCUACUACCAAUAUUAGGGUGUAAAGGGUCAAGAGCCUGUUUAAUGCUGAAUGGAUAAGCGGGGAGGGGGUUGUAGGUUCCAAACGGACAGGUCAUGAUUUUAACAUGACGCAACUCUUAGUUGAUACCAGGCCGAGCGAGUGAUCUUGUUCGGCCAUAUGUACGUGUAUGAUGAGUUUGCUCUAAAGAUUGUGAAUGUGAAUCGUUUUUCAUGCGAUGGAUUUCGACAAACAUUUUUCAGUUGUUUUGAGAAGGAACCCUCAGACUGUUUGUAAGUGUUCCAUAUUUCGGUUUAUCUGGGCUUUGUAUACUUUCAUUUUGCCUUUAUUUUGCUUCGCAUUUGCAAGUUUCAAUUGAAUGUGUAAUUCUACUUUCAGAAACAUAUUUGUAUGCCGUUUAUUUGAUGAACCUGGAUCAAAAGACUCUAAAAUUAUCCGAUCGAUUCAGCGGUUACAGGGGUGGUCUGAGAAAAAUCAGUAAUUAGUUGGGCAGAGGUGAGAAGAAGACAGCAUGAUUUCUUUGCUCAAGUUUAGUUUGGUAUAGAGGAGGAACAGUGGUAUAUUUUCACAUUAUAUUUCACAAUAAAGUCAGGGAUGAA